AUGCAGCUCCGCAUUCUCAUCGUGGCCAUAUUCAGCUUCGCUUCUCUGGCGAGCGCGAUCGCCGUACGAUCCGCGUCCAUCCAGGGCGACAACGAGUUCUCCAUUCCCGUGAAGUACAACCCCGACUUCAAGCCGCCUACGACUGGCCCGGAUGGGGUGGUAUUGCGUCGCGGCAACCCGGACCACGGCACCACGCCGGCGCAUGACAGCCCGACACGGCCGGACCAGGAGUACUAUGCCGAGAUUGACGUGGGCACCCCGCCGCAAAAGAUGAACCUUCUCUUCGAUACAGGCUCGGCUGACCUGUGGCUGUUUGGCGCCGACGCCAAGGGGGCUAUCGAGCAGGACCAGAACCGUUGGAACCACAACAAGAGCUCGACGGCGCGGCUCAUCACCGGCGCGACCUGGGACAUUCACUACGCAGACGGUUCGGGCGCCAACGGCACCGUGUACCACGACGUUGUGUCCGUCGCCGGUCUCAAGAUCCGUGGCCAGGGCGUCGAGUACGCCAACGAGGUUUCGCCGCAGUACAGCGGCACUGACAUUCUAGGCAGCCCGGUGUCGGGGAUCGUCGGUUUUGCCUUUGACAAGAAGAACAAGGCCAAGCCACAGCAGAAGACGCCAUUUUCCAACAUGAAGAGCCACCUGGCCAGGCCCGUCUUCACAGUGGACCUUAAGCACCAAGCCGACGGCACCUUUGGCUUCGGGUUCAUCGACGAGUCCAAGUACACUGGCCACUUGACCUACAGUAGUAUCAACAGUGCUACCGGUUUCUGGACCUUUACCUCGCCAGGGUACGCGGUCAACAGCGGCGCUUUUAUCGAAUACAAUAUGACGGGCGUCAUUGAUACAGGCGGCUCCACAUCAACGAUCCCCAGCCCAGCGUUCAAGGCAUACACAGAUGCCAUCGCCAACUACACAGAAAAGUUUGACUGCCGCACGCCGCUGCCCGAUUUCCACUUUGGUGUCGGCAACAACAAGACGGUCAAGGUCGACGGCCUGCAUCUCAAGCAGACCAACGAGGAUGGCACUUGCCAGCUCAAGCUCUACGACGGCGGUGGCGGCAACUUUGCAUUCUAUGGCUCACCGUUCCUGGCAGGUGCCUAUGUCGUUUUUGAGGAUGGUGAUGAUGGUGCGCGCGUUGGCUGGGCCAACUCCGCGUGA